AUGCUUAACGAGGCUAAAUGUCUGGAUGUAAAUAAAAAUACGUCUCAUAUAACAAUGGAGAAUUUUCCUACCUAUUUGGCUGAUAUAAUGCAACCAGGUAAUUCGAUGCUCACUUCUGAAACACCUAACACUUUUCCAUUUAUGUCGUCAACGUCUUUCACAAAUGACAUAUCAAAUCUGCCAUUCUAUAUUAAUUCAUUGGAGACUAUACAAUCCUCAACAUCAGCGUCAAUAAACACAACAGCAGAUGACUGCAACAGUAAGAAUUCAGUCCCUACGACAUCGUCUUCAGAUAACGACUUGCAAAAGUUUUAUUUACAUUUAUUAAACAUUUUCAACGUAUCCAGGAAUAUAAAAAAGGCAGUCAUUAGUGAAGUCUCUUUUUCAGGCGAUGAUAAUUUGUUAGCUAACACGCCUGGAACAUCCGCAGAAUACAAAGGCUAUCUACCAACUCAGAGACUUCCACAAACUGCAGAAAAUGAGAUUUAUCAAUCAACAAAUCAUGAAUCCGAGUUUCGCUUUAUAAUACUUUGA